GGUGGUUUUUCCAUCCGUGCAUCCCGUUUCCGAAACGCUCAUCCUCACUCGUGUCGCGUAAAAACGCGCACGCGACAAGUUCCGAGCAGCUUGUCGAGAGCGCGACUUAUGACGUAAGUGGUUUGCCGCGCAGUGAUGAUGGCGGUGCGUGAACGCGCAGUGAAAGUAAUGGCUGCUCUCGAUCGGCGGCUGCCUAGCUUCGAUGAUUUCGUGGGUCAAAGCUGGACUGCUUGGGCCGAGUGGGCCGGUGUGACAGCACCUGACGGACCUGAUGUGGAUGACUGCAGUAAAAAUGGCAAAAAGGCUGCAGAGGCAAUGUCACUCAGCAAGGAGGUCCUCUGGGUUCUUCUAACAGACAUGUCAAUCUUUGGCCUGUACCCUGGUUACGAUGACUUCUACCUUGUGGUGUGUAGCCACUGUGGUCAAGUAGUGAAGCCACAAGCAUUCGAGAAGCACUGCGAGCGGAGACAUGGCCCUCUGUCCAAACUUUAUGCUCGAAUACGCUCCCCGGCUCCCCAGCCCCAGCAGAGGAACCAUCACAGCCAUUCUCCUUCUCAGGGGAACAAUAUCAUUCCUGCCUCAUCAUGGGAUGGUCGAGGCCCAGGUGACGGGUCAGUUAGACCAUCUUCCCAAGCCCCUUCUACACCCCCGCAGCACAGACCCGCCAAAAACACAAAGGAAGGAGUACGACAUUCCCCACUGGAAAAAUCAUCCCACAGCAGCCACACAGAUUCAUCAGUAUUUAAGCAGCCACCACCUCUGGAGCCUCCAAUUUGCUCUCCACCCACAUCCAUUAGAGACCCCCCAUGGCCACACGGAGGCACCCCACCUGGUAGGCCUUCACCCAUUGACAGGCCCCACGCGCAAAGGAAGGAUUCUUCUCCAGCAUCAGUGGUCCCAAACCACCGUAUUCCCAGGCCAUACAACAAAGUGGCCUCCAGAGGCUUUCACGAUGUGUCGCGUCCGACGCGCCCCGAGCCUCGGCCUACAACGCGCGGAGCUUCAGUCAAGUCAACUCUCAGUCAACUGGAAAGAGAGUGUGACUUGGACAAACACUGUGGUGUCCUUGAUCCCGACAGGAAGAAAGUCUGCACUCGCCUCCUGACGUGUAAUAUCCAUUCCAUCCACCAGCGUAGGAAGGUGCAAGGCCGCACUAAGAACUUUGACCAGUUAGUGGCUGAACUUAAGACCAAGGUCCGUGAGAAGGGGGCACAAUCGCUGGAGGGAGGUUCCUCCUCUGGACGGUCCCCCAGCCCAGAGAUACCAAGAGAUCAAGAUGGGGCUCCACACUGCCGGAGACCUUUGGCCACCCUCCCUGCUUUCAGUAGAUCCACAGCUGCAUCAGAGAGCACACCAGAGAAUGACAGGCAGCUGCAGAAUGAGGGAAACCUACGAGCCCCCUCCCCUCUUGUCCAUGGAACAAUUUCCAGUGACGAAAGUGAGGCUGAAGGAGCAACGGACCCGGUUGAGUUCCAGUCUUCUGCUGCACAUCCAAAACCACUAGCAAUGUGUUCAUUUGGCGGCAGUGUGUUAGGCCAUGGCAUCUACACUUUUGACAGAAGGCUUCACCACCUGAGGUCGGCUUUUAGCAGCAUGCUAGAGCAGCACAUCAGUGUCCAUCUUUGGAAGAAAAUACCUCAAGCCACCAACCAUCAGUGUCUAACCUCCGCCAGGAUUGUCACCUCGUCGUCCCCCACCUCGAUAACCAGCGCAUCCUCCACCUCCUCCUCAUUACAUUCUAAAAUCCGCUCAGCUGGUCAUUUGAAGUCCUCCCUCAAAACUGUGUCGUCGUCCUCAUCUUCCAGUCGUGGGCCAGGGAGACAGUCGACAGCCAUCCUAUCAGAGAACUCUGCAAGCACUGGUGGUGGCGUGGGAGGUAGUCACCUACUGUCUCCGGGUAAUCCUGUGGGUGUGCAUCACGCAGGUGCAGGACGGCCCAAGAACCCAGUUGGGCGUCCCAGCAAGCAGAUGCUGAAGCUGCGAGAAGAUGCUGCGGCAGCUGUCACCGUCCGCAAACGAAAAGCCCCAUCCCAGGAAGGGGAGCAUUCAGGCCCCAACAGGAACUGCAUUACCCUACACGACCGGGGCCGCCCACCCUCCAUAGCCUCUUCCCCCUCACCCUCCCCGUCCUCUUCUAAAGCACCCAUUCUCUCACCGCUUCCCCACGAGAAGAUCAAUGGUAUGCUCUCGCUUGGCAGCAAACCCCGCCCCCAGCCCUCUCCCACAGAGUCGCACUCCACAGCUGCAAAGACAGUCUGGACCUACAGACGGACUCAUCCUACGUUGGGUCAUUCAUUACCCCCAGAGCCCUCCUCUAUUAACAAUUCCCACUGUCGAAAUACUGUUGGGGACUCAGGACUGCUCGGGCAAGGCAGUGGGCGAACUUUCGAGCACCAGGGUUUGAUAAAAAAAUGCAAGGGGGGUGCCCUUGAGGAACACUCCCCUUCACCAUACCGCCUGCCCUCCUCAUCCUCAUCCUCCGCCACUCCUGCCUCCUCUUCUCCUCGCUCUAACUUUUACCCAUGGAAGGACGGUAAGAGUGGAGGCCUGGCUGGGGGCAUGGAGAAGAAGCUGGGCACACAGAAGACAUUGCCCCUUGGUGGGCCGCAGUCCAGGCCACAGCCCUUUUCAGCACCCUGGACAGCUCUCUCCAGCGGCUGCCAAAACUGCACCAUUAAUUGUGCCUGCCUUUACAAGCCACAAGAGGGAGCCAGCUCGACCCAAUACAAGACUGUGGCAACAGGAUUGUGCAUGCAUGUGCGCACUCUGUACAACAUGUGAGCUGCUGCUUUACGGAUCCUUUGACGGGAAUCGGCUGAGUGUGUCUUUGCGAUCAUCUGAAUGAAAGGCUGAGGGUGAAGGGAUCAAAUAUUUUGAAUGAAUGGAUAUGAACUUCAAAUACCUCAAGAUGAUCCGGUUAUGCUGCUAAAUUAAAUAUGUUGGUUUUCUUUAUAAAAAAAAAAAGAAUUAAACCUCUUUUACACAUU